AUGCCAUUACACCCCGACCAAACGCCUAAACCAGCGCCCAUAUACAGCGACGACCCAGAAGUCGUCUUUCCAAACCAACCAAGUCAAGGCCCCGUGAGCCCAAGCUCUGACACUUAUUCACACACCACGCAAUCCCUCCUAGAUGCCCUCCGUUCCAGUUACGCCACAACACCAAUAAACAGACCCCCAGAAAGACAAUACCCCAACCAACCCGACUCAAUCGGCCAAGAACUAGCCUGCGACACUCCACAAUCAAUGCCUGCUCCAUCUGAGAAGGCAUACCCAGGCCAACCCCUACCCCAGCAAGGACAGGGCUACCUGCAGCCGUUUUACACGCCUUCCUGCCAUCCCAGUGGAUAUUCCUCAGCUGUACCGCUCCAUAGUCUCCAGUCUGCGUCGUGUCCAGUUGACUGUCCUGUUUGUGAACAGCGGGAGAUGACUCGUAUUGAGCCUGUGAGCGGUGGGACUACGCAUGGGUGGGCUACGGUUCUUUGCUGCUGUUGCUGUCUCGGAUGUAUCCCUUAUUUGAUGUCAUCGCUUAAGGAUGUUGUGCAUUCCUGUGGUAAGUGUGGUGCUAAGCUUGCAAAAUGGCAUAAUAGCGGCCGUGUAGAUGUCUUGCAGAAUCCGAGAAAGUGA